UGCCUUGCAUCGCUGCUCCUCAGCUGAUAGCUGGGCGGACCAGUCUGGGAAGAGCGAGUCUCGUAUGCACACACAGUAGCGCAGGGCCCUCGCUACAGACCAGCGAUCCGCGCCAUCUAGGAAUCCACUGGAACACCUGCUGCUCGUCUUGUGAAGACCAGGCCACCAAAGGUUCUUUUCAAUUUAACUAGAACCUAAGCUGUUACUGAGCUGAAUAGAAUACAAACGGCACAGUAAGACAAGUGGGCAUUGAGCUUGAGAGACGACGCUUAGCAAUCUGCGAAGGCACGGUUUAUCGCAGACGCCCCGACGAUGCCUAGCGCCGUGCGCUGGGCGCUGCUCCACCGGCAGGUGUCGGCGCUGUCCGCCCCCGCCCCCGCCGCCGCCUCCGGCGCCGCCCCCGCCAGGAGGCGCUUCUGCAUCAUCACGCCGACGCCGCCCCUGCCGCGCGCGGCGCCGCCCCCGCGGCCCACGGCGCUGCUGGAGCUGCACCGCUCGCUGGGAGCGCGCCUCGUCGACUUCGCGGGGUUCCUGCUGCCCGUCUCGUACCGCGACCACCCGGACCCCGCCGCCCACCUGCACACCAGGCGUCACUGCUCGCUGUUCGAUGUCUCCCACAUGAUGCAGACCGAGGUGCGCGGUAGAGACCGUGUGGCGCUGGUGGAGCGCCUGACGCCGGCCGACGUGCAGUCGCUGCCCGACAACGCGGCCGCGCUGUCCGUCUUCACCCACCCACACACUGGGGGCGUCCUGGACGACUUGGUCGUCACGAAGACGGCCCUGGGGUACCUGCACCUCGUCUCCAACGCCGCCCGCCGCAACCAUGACCAGCAGCUGCUCAGGGACGCAGAGGCGGAGCUGCGCGCGGCUGGUCUGGACGUGGAGGUGCGGUUCCUGGAGCCCUCGGAGAUGUCGCUGCUAGCGCUGCAGGGCCCGGAGUCGGCGGCGGCGCUGCAGCCCUGUGUGGACGUGGACCUGUCGGCGCUGGGGUUCAUGCGCUCCACACUGGCCACGGUGUGUGGCGUGCCCCGGGUGAGGGUGACUCGCUGCGGCUACACCGGGGAGGACGGCUUCGAGCUUUCCGUGCCCUCCACCUCCGCCGCCCAGGUGGCUCAGAAGCUGCUGGCGUCCAGGAAGGUCCCCGUCAGACCGGCGGGGCUCGGCGCCAGGGACUCGCUCAGACUGGAAGCUGGACUCUGCCUGUACGGGUCCGACCUAGAUGAGACGACGACGCCUGUGGAAGCUGGACUCUCAUGGCUGAUUGCUAAGAGACGGCGAGCUUCGGCGGACUUCCCCGGCGCCGGCGUGAUCCUGGAGCAUCUGCGCACUGGGCCCCCGAGGAGGCGCGUGGGGCUACGUUGGGAGGCUGGGCCGCCAGCCCGUGCGGGGGCGGUGGUGGUGGCCGCCCUCAGCGACGCCGCCCCAGCGCAGGUGGGCCGCGUCACCAGCGGCUGCCCGUCGCCCUCGCUGGGCGGCAGCGUCGCCCUCGCCUAUGUGGACUCGCAGUACUCGAGGCCCGGCACCUCACUCGCUGUCCAGGUGCGCGGCCGCGACGUACCCGUAGAGGUGUGCCGGCUGCCAUUCGUGCCGCACCGCUUCUACAAGAAGGACCAGCAGUAGAGUGUUCCCACCACCUGGAGUCUCAAACAGCUACGCUUUCUUGACACCAACCCUCAAGACAUUUCUAGAUCCAUUACCCCAGUCACCAUCAGCCAAUGAAUCUCACAAUCUUUGGAUGUGCAAUCAUCCAAUAACUGCUAUGGCUAACACGAGGACCCCCCUAUGGUUGUCAAACGUUCCAGCCAGCUACGAGUCUUUCUAGUAGUGGGACUGAAGACGUUUCUGUACCCAUCACCUCAGCAACCAUCAAUCAAUAAAUGUCCCAGUGUUUUGACAAGUAACACCUAAGCAGUCACCAGUAAAUCCACUGUUCAACAGCUGAACUCUCUUCUGGUUGCCUGGCAUCUCAAGCUGCUAUAUUCUGCCACCACAGCUGAAGACACUUCUACAUCCACCUGCUAAGACAUGAUCACCCAAUGAGUCUCUUAGUCUUUUAACAAGCAGCAACUCAGUAAUCACCCAGUAACUUCAGUCCUCAACACCAGGACCCUGCUCUGGUUGCCUGGUGUUCCAACCAUCCAAUAUCUGGUGUGAAGAAGUUUCUGUAUCCAUCAUGUCAGCUAUCAACAGUCAGUAAACCUCUCAGUCGUUAGACAAGUAGCAGCUCGACAGUAACCAGUAAAUGCAGUGGUCAGUAGCUGAAUGCUCUUCUUGCUGCCAGGCAUCUCAGCUAGCUAUAUUCUGGCGCCAGGGCUGAAAACGUUUGUAUGUCCACCUGCUAAAUCAUCAGCCAAUGUAUCGCUCACUGUUUUGACACACAUCAUCUAAGCAUUCAUCAGUAAAUCCACUGUUCAACAGCUGAACUCUAUUCUAGCUGCCUGGCAUCUCAAGCUGCUAUAUUCUGGCACCACAGCUGAAGAUGUUUCUACGUCCACCUACUAAAUCAUCAUCAGCCAAUGUAUCACUCACUGUUUUGACACACAUCACCUUAGCAGUCUCCAGUAACUACAACGGUCAACAUUUGUAUCAGCUUGUGGAGCAUUGUGUCUCAACGAGCUUGAACAUCUGUUGCUUUCUGAUUCCUAGACGGAUGGUGAUCCUACAUCCAUCAGUUAAUGAACCUCCCACAGCUUUGACAAGCAUUGACUCAGUAAUCACCAAUAGCUACAACUAACGAUCUUUUCUGAAGCAUGACCUCAACCAUUAGUAUUCGUUAAAUGUAUUGAUGUCUUUUCAGUCAGUUUUAUCUUAGCCAUCAUCUUCUCGCAACCCUACAUGUUGGCUAAGUAUGUCGCUUGAUGAAACUUGGGGUUGAAUUCUACCACUUGGACUGACAAUGUCUCUACAGCUUAAUUCUGGCACCAGGGAUGAAUACGUUUCUACAUCCAACUGCUAAGUCAUCAUUACCCAAUGAAUUGCUCACUGUUUGAACACACAUCACCUUAGGAGUCUCCAGUAACUGCAAUGGUCAACAUUUGGACCAGCUUCUACUCCAGUGCCUCUCAACCAGCUCCGAUAUCAGCUGUUUUGUGAUUCCUGAACCGGUCGUGACUCUACAUUCAUCAGCUCAGAUAUCUUCAGUUAACGAAUCUUCCACUGCUUUGUCAAGCAUAACCUCAGCAAUUACCAGUAGCUAUAGCUAAUGAUGUUUCCUGAAGUAUCAUUUCAAACAGUACUAUUAGUUGAAUGUAUUGAUGGUUUCUCAAAGAGUUUUACCUUAGUCACCAGCUUCUCACAACCCUAGAUAUGGACCAGGUACAUCUUUUGAUGAAACUUGGUACUGAAUUCUACCACUGCAGCUGACGAUGUCUCUACACCUGUCAGUUCGUCAAUCAGAAGAUAUUACUAUAGCAUUAUCUCAUGAAACACCAAUGAAGUGGAGGAGCAAUUCACUCAUAAUAACGCUUAUAUAUAUCAGAUUUCACAGUGCAGGUAUCAUUGAAAUGGAAUUCAAACUGAGUUCUCACAUAGGGUGCUGUACUCAUCUAAUUAAGCUAUUUCGAUACCAGUACAAAUGUUUCAUCAAAAACUGUAUGUCCCCCCAGCCUUUCUUGUUUCUUCAUUAUUUAAUAUUUCAGUGUCAUCUUUAACUGCACUAUUUCAUACUUCAACUCUCUAACUAAUUCAGAAUAUCUUUGUCUGGCUUCAUGUCUCUGACUACUGAUUUCCUUCUUUCCCUCGUUAUUUGUUGUCCAUAUAUGUGCUGAUGGAAUUACUCCUUCAAUAUGUGAAACCAAAAAAAUAUUUAAGAAGACAUUUAUCAUUUGUACUGUUUCUCUUUAUAAUCAGAUUCAUCUUUACAUCAAGCUACAUAGUAAUUCUAACUAGAUACUUUUCACUUCUCUUAUUGUCUUUUGUUGUGGAGAUUUUCUUCUAAUUUGAUCUUUAGGCUGACUAUUUUCCUUAAUCUGCACUUCUGCGUAGCAUUUCUUCUACCUCUUUUUCCGUUUCUUUCAGGGUGACACCACCGUAAUUGCUACCUUCAUAGUUCUACAUUACUAUUACAAAUCUACCUCCAUUUCUUUUCCACAACAGGUCUUCAAUGGUAGUGGUAAUAUAAGCACCUGUCCUUUGGACCAUUUUGUCUUUUUGUCCGUGUGCACAUAUUAUUACCACAUUUAAUUUUCUAACAGUGUUUCCAUGUACAGUACAGUAGGUCUGAGUUACAAGGUUGAGUUCUUUAAGUCUCUCUUCCGUUGCUAACGCAACUGUCAUAAUUUCCCUGCAAUAUCAUUCCUUUUACUGAGAUCAAAUACAUCGUCUCAUAAAAUAUUUUAAGCUUUUCCCUGUGCUCCUUACUUCAGUCAGAGAUUUACAAGCGUAAGACGCCUAACGAAACCUGCAGUGCAAGACUACACAUGGCAACAAACCUUUUGUACCUUUACUUAAAUACAGCGCUUUCUCUCGAAAGCUAUGUGAUCAAAUACUUCAAAGAAAGAUAGAGCCAUUUUACAUUUUUCGCAGUUACAUACAGUGACUGACUUUUUUUCAUAAGUCCACCUGGGUUUUCUGCUUUGAAUCAUUGAAAUUGCAGAACUCUGCAAUCACAGCUGUUCGUUUACAUUUUCAAAAGCACCGUAAUUUCUAUGAUGCCGUGUGACUGUACUAUUCUGUGAAUGUUGGAAGGUGAAGGGAAUCCUAAUAAGUUGCGAAACCCAAUAUUGUAUGUGCUUGCCACAAUUAGGUAUCACACGUGGAAAGGUGCAUCUGGAAGAAUAUGCAGACGGUAUCUCAAAACAGGACAAUGUUAAUGGGACAAUCUGAAAACGAUACGUCACGAAAAAUGUGUGAUGACUGGUAUUUACUCUGUGUUAUUUGCCAGAAUUCUAUUUUUUAUAUCAUUGUAAUUUUGCUCAAAAAGAAAUAAAGGUAGCAGCAUAAUAGAAGUCAAACACAA